UUUUUUUUUUUUUUUGGGCAUUUCAAAUUAGCUUUUCAAUACGGCAUGCUUCGCUUUGUUCGACCUUCAUUACACCUUUGGUCGCCAUGCCGGGCAUCGUUUCGACGGUUCGCUCAUAAUAAUGCUGCCAACGAAGUCGUAGCCCCGGUUCGUGUUCGAUUUGCACCGAGUCCCACUGGCAAUUUGCAUCUUGGAGGUUUGCGCACCGCUUUGUUGAAUUACUUGUUGGCGCGAAAAACCAACGGCACCAUGAUCUUGAGAAUCGAGGACACUGAUAGAAAUAGACUGGUGCCUGGAUCGGUUGACAUGCUCAUUAAUGCCCUUGACUGGGCGGGUAUCGAGUUCCAGGAAGGCCCAGGCAAAGGAGGACCGCAUAUGCCAUACUUCCAAUCCGAGCGAACCGAAGUUUAUCGAUCGCACGCUGACGAAUUGUUACAGAAUGGCUCGGCUUAUCGAUGCUUUUGUUCGGCCGAUCGCUUGAAACAUGUCCGAGAAAGAAGUGCAAAGGCUGGUAAGCCAAUGGCAUACGACCGUCAUUGCUUGUCACUCAGUUCAGAGGAAAUUGAAAAGAAACUCGCGGCCAACGAACCCUUCACCAUUCGCCUCAAUACCCCGGAAGGAACAACUGUGGUUCAUGAUCGCGUGUACGGCAAAGUGGAGUUCAAUAAUAGAACCAUCGAUGAUGCGGUGUUAAUGAAGAGCGACGGGUAUCCUACCUAUCAUUUGGCGAAUGUCAUUGACGACCACCUCAUGGGCAUUACUCACGUGCUGCGAGGCGAGGAAUGGUUACCAUCAACGCCGAAGCAUCUGAUUCUGUAUGAAUCGUUUGGCUGGACACCCCCUCAAUUUGUGCACCUUCCGCUUUUGUUGAACGCCGACAAAUCCAAGCUAUCAAAACGAUCAGGAGAUGUACAUUUGGAAGACUACAUGAAGCGUGGUUACCUCCCUGAGGCAGUCAUGAAUUUUGUCGCAUUACUUGGAUGGCAUCCAGACUCAGACCAGGAGAUCUUUGACUCUGACGAAUUAGUACAAGCAUUUUCUCUAGCUCAGGUCAAUAACUCGAAUGCCAUUGUGACUUUGGACAAGUUGGAUUGGAUCAACAAGCAGCAUCUUCUGCGCCGGGCAUCAACUCCAUCUGGCAUGGAUUCGCUUGUUAAGAUGCUGCAGCCCUUGGUGAAGAAUGCAUAUGGUGAUCGGCUUUCAAAGAUGUCAGAAGAGCAUCGACUGGAUACCCAUUAUCUCGCCGGUGUUAUCAGCACUAUCAAGGACCGCAUACGGAAUAUAAAUGACAUUCCCAACCUGUGCAGUUACUUCUUUGUAGAACCUGAAUGGAAAUCAGACGAAGCAGCAGCCUUGUUCAAAAAGCUUAAAAAGUCGGCAUUGAAGGCCAGUCUUUCCUCGCAGUAUUUUGAUGAUCUGUCCAAGCUUCCAGACUUCACUGCUACUUCCAUCAAGGAAUACAUCCAUCGUUUUGCUGACCAACAUCAACUGAAAGCCAAUCACGUCAUGAUGGCAACGAGAUAUAUUGUCACCGGCACAAGAGUUGGAGCCGGAGUGGCCGAAACCAUGGAAGUGCUCGGUCGUGAGACGUGUUUGCGCCGACUACAGGAGCAAAUAUCUCGACAAGCAGAAUAGAUUUAACCUAUAGACUGGUGUUUGCUUGAUAUGAUAUCGAGCGAUACAAUAUGUACAUACAUUCGGAUCAUGAAUUAAAUACAGCGUAUUGCAACAUAAU